GCUUCGAAUGUGAAAUAUGAAUGUCUAAACUAAUCAUAAAUUUUGGACAGUAUCACCACCAAUUCACCAUUCAUAAUUCCCAAUUCAGCACGCAGAGGGUGAGCUCUGCAAUCUUCAAAGAGACUAUUGAAUCGGAACCAAUCCAAAAAGAAAACGAAGACGACGACGAAGAACAAAGUGGGAGAAGGAAGAAGAUAAAGCAAUGAAGGUGGUUCCGUUCACGCUGCUUGCUUUGCUUCUUGUUGCUAUUGUUCCAAAUGGAUUGUUGGCAGUUCCUUCUACGGUCCCUGCAUUUCUUUGGUCUUCCCAUUAUGACCUGGUUUCAGAAAAUGGCAUGAAGGAUUCUGUAAAUUAUCAGAUCAUUUCUCCAAAAGAUCUAGCAAAGUCUGUUUUAGCUGAAGCUGGCUGGUCAAAUUUUCUGUGCAAUGGAAAGGAAUUUCAGGAGCCUUUGGAUCUGGCCCUUUUAUUCAUUGGUAGAGAGUUACAAUCGUCAGAUUUAAGCAUGAGCAAUCAUGAAGACUCAACUCUUUUAGACUUGCUCAAGCUGUCUUUCACCAGGUCCAACAUUUCCAUGGCAUUUCCAUAUGUUUCUUCAUCAGAGGAUGAGAAUUUGGAAAAACAAUUGGUUUCAGGAUUCGCCGAAUCCUGUGGAGAUGAUUUGGGAAUUGGCAAAGUUGUAUUCCUUGGAUCUUGCUCCAUGGAUGAUACAAAUGAUGAAGACAGUGCUGCUUUUCACUCUGUUCAGGAAUAUUUGAACAAGAAGAUGGAAGGGAGUCGUACUGGGAAAACAGAUUUGCUUGUGUUCUGUAAUGGAGGUUCUCAACCUCUUAACAUUGAUGAGAAGCCAAAAUCUGAAGGUGAAGUUUUAUCUGGGCUUGUCAGCUCUGUUGAUAAAUCUGGGGCCAAAUAUGCAGUUCUUUAUGUGUCAGAUCCCUCCAGGUUGGUCCGGUAUCCUUCUUACAGGGAACUACAAAGGUUUCUAGAAGAAACCACAAAUGCGUCACUGACAGCCAAUUCCACAGUUUGCGAUGGAGUCUGCCAGAUUAAGUCCUCUCUUCUGGAGGGAAUUUUAGUGGGAAUCGUUUUGCUAAUAAUCUUGAUCUCUGGCCUUUGCUGUAUGAUGGGAAUUGAUACCCCAACAAGAUUUGAGACUCCACAAGAGCAAUGAUUCGUUUGUUGAAGAUAAUAAUUGCUGUGAUGUCGGGUCUAUUGUAUCAAAAGUAUUGGUAGAAAAUAUUAUAUUAUUUGUGACUGUGGAUGUGGUGAGCGUUCUUGUAGCUUUUUGUUGUCUUCUACUUCAGGGGAGAUUUAUCAUGUUGAAUAUUGAAUAAUUUGUAUCAGUAUAUAGAACGUCAGUAAGAGGAUUUAAUUUUGGUCGUGCCA